AUGACGCAUAUGAUCGAUGAAGUAAUUAAUGACUUAUUAGCAGCAACUCCACGUGAGGUUCUGAUCACGCCCCCGCCCUAUAACGAAAGGCAAACUUUGAACGAAAAGUUAUUAAAUGAAGCAAGUCCGAAAGAACAGACCGAAUAUCAAAAGAAGAUUACAAAGCACUAUUAUACGGCCGCAAUCAGAAUUUACUGGUUAUUCGAAAUGUACAGAAUUGAACAA